GUUCGUUCGGUGGUACCAGAAGUUCUUUAGUGGGGGUUUCAGAGCGAGUGUCGACGGGACGGCAACUGGUCGUCGUGCCACAGUGCUAGUUCGACCUCGGUCUGUGAUAGUAUCGUUCCUUCGAUUUGAGAUCCAAUUCUGUGACUCGACUCAUCGCCCACCCGUUCGAGGAACCCCCUUCCCCACCCCCAUCCCAGGCGAAAUUGACCCAACAGUGUCGGGGUUUCCGCACCCCGAAGCAACCCUCGCUCCCCAUCGCUCCGAUACGGUUGCCCCGCUCAGUGAUCUCUUGUGACCGGAAGUCGAUCUUUUCGAGCCCUCGAGUUCUGCGCUUCAGGAGAUGGUCCGGUAGCCACGCCGUUAACGAUACGUCUGAAUAAAUGCAAUGGUGACGAAAAUGAAGAAGUCGGUGGCGUUGAUCCUGCUGACGUUGACGGGUCUCGGUUUUCCGGAUACCACGAACGCCCUGUGUAACAUCAAGGACGAAGGGAUAGCGGUAUGCCACAAACUGCACGAUGUCCAGUUCAUAGACACGCAGAACCUGACGGCGUUGAUCGCUCCUGUACGCGAGACAAUAUUGACAGCUGAUUCCCUGAAGACUCUUUCAAAACUGAAAACGCUGGACUUGUCCAAUGGCGAGUUGGAAAUCAUCGAACCCGGCGCCUUCGACAAGAUGACGCACCUGCAACACCUCAAACUAUCGGAUAACUCCAUCGCCGAAUUCACGGAGUCGUCCCUGACUGGGUUGAAGACACUGAAGAGCAUCGACUUGAGGAGAAACAAAAUCAGGCAGAUACCGCCAGCUCUGUCGACGCUCAAGAACCUGAAGAAUUUGGAAAUCGCGGGAAAUCCGCUCGAGUGUAAUUGUGCGACUCUUCGUGCGAGGGACGAGAUAUUGGAAAACGCUGUUAAAAUAUCGAAGAAAGUCGUCUGUUCCGCACCAUCCCACCUCAAGGGUGUGUCGUUACUAAAAUCCGGAGCUGAUGUGAUUUGCAUGUUCGAAGAACAGGACGAUGAAAUGCAAGCCGACGAGGCCUCCGGAUCUGGAGACUCUCCGGACGAUACGCUCAUUGACUCGGACAUCGAAAAUUUAACGAAAGAACCGCUCGACAAGGAGUUGCCAGUACCGGCGUCGCGGAUGCUCUUGGAACCCGAGGAGGAGCCGAAAGAAGUUACGGACGAUCUGAUCUUUGCCGAACUAGGAAAUACCACGAAUACGGAAGCUGGCGAAAACAACGAGAAUGCGAAGAAUUCCAGUGUCGACAACCCCGACAAAACCGGUACUGCCUUAGAUUUCGAUUUCGUCGAAUCCGGCGCCGUGGACGGUCAUUCCGAUGACCUCAUCGUCGAGGGUUCUGGAUUGACAGCCGCCGAUGAGGACGAGGAUUUGGGUUCCGGUGCCGGCGAAGAGGGUUCUGGCACCGAUGACAUCUGGCAGCCGGUCGAACACAUCCACUUCGGAAGGUCGGGAAAUGUAGUCGACGAGCAACUAGAAUUUUCAUCCACCACCGAGCAAACUUCGACAACGCCGAUGUCUUGGUUCGACAUAUUGUGGAGCACGUUCAGCGGAGACCCGUCGUCGACUACGCCGCGCGACGACUCUGACACCGAAGGAAAUCUCACGGACGAGGAAUUCAUCAACGUUGGAAACGACCGCACCCCGGACUCGGAGAACAAUUCCGAGGUGACGGAUGACCCUGAUGAAACUUCAACCGUGGAGCCGCCGGUCGAGAAUAAGGGAGGAUCCAGCAAAGUUGGAUUUUUCGAUUUACUGGGACUCGGUAUCGAGGAGACGGUGGUCACCGACAAGGCGGUGACUCAGGGAGCGGGAGUAAUUCCGCCUACCGGUAACGACGUGACGGAGAAAUCCGGUAAAUUGUUGGGUGAAGAUUUCUCGGACCUCAGCAACGGCGAAGAUGCGACGAUCGACGAUCGAGGCGAAGCGUCAACGAGACAGACGAAGAAGAGUAUGGGAUCCUACGUGGUUCUAGCCGCACUUCUCGGUGUUCUCGGAGCUCUGGUUGGAUUCGCGGCGUACAAAGGCAAUUUCUGCAGAAGCAAGCCCGACAGCGACGUGGAACGAGGUACGGAGUUGAAAGACAUGCAAAAAUCGCUUUUGGAAGGCAACGGUGCUAAUCAACCGAAAAUAGCGUCGAACGGAAACGCUGAGAGCGCACCUCUCGUCGCCGCUACCCAACCGUCGUGGGGUGAACCGAGGGAAGUAAAACCGUGGGAAGAACAGAAUACACCUACGGUGGAUAGCGGGGUGAAUCACAGUCCUGCACCACCUGCUGAAUCCGAGCCGGUAAAACCACCGAGGAGAUCGUUACCACCGCAAGAAGAGCAGAACGGUCUUCCGGAAGUUAAAACGCACUCGCCGAUGUCCAGUUUCGCACCAAAGCCUCAAGAAGUAUCAACGACGUCGAUCCCUCCACCGGGUGUUGUUGAAAAUGGAAAUCAUAGUCCGCCGUUGAGCCCGAACACUCAGAGAGUGAAGAUUACAUUGCAAGAAAAUCCGGACAGCGUGCCCAAAACACCGAUUUUAAUUACGCGGACGAAGGCCGGUGAAAACCUAGUCAAAAGGCCGUAGUCUGGAUUCGAUGCUUAAAUUUCUAACCCGUAUCUCGUACCUUCAAAUAAAUAUACCCUUUAUAACUUUGUCUAUCGAACGUUCUUAAUAACGCGUCGUGUUCCUAUUAGGCCGAGCCCCCUCUGGCCGCUCAGUGAUAAAGUUGACUCUCGCCGAAUCCUGGGUCCGCAAAUGGGCCGCUUUCCGCGUUUUUCAAUAAUUUUUUCACCGUUACUUCACCGGGCCUAAUUUAUAACCAAAGGAAUCGUUACCGAUAUUCGUUCAUUCAUGAAGGUGACGUCGAUAUCGAGUAACCGUGAAACUUUUUCUUUGACACGGAGACAUUUUCCUUUGACGAGAUUUUUGCCGCAGACGUUAACAAGGAGGGUGCAGGGCGUCAGCUUGAUGCGUCGAUGUCAUCGGUAAUGAGGAGUCCAACGUCAAGCACGUAUAGUCGAAAUGAUGCAACAAAUGUACGAGAAUAAUUAUGUUAUAGAAAUGCGUAUGUGUGCAUGCCAUACCUGCCUGAAAUUAUUCAGCCUCCACGAACAAGCGUAUAUUGUUGGGGUCCAGACUCGACUGAUUGUAAUUAAGUUGUAUCAUAUCUUUGUUAGUUUUUCUCCUUUUUUUUUCCCCCCUUCUUUUGGUUUUCCGUUUCGUCGAGAACGAUAUCGAGCCAAAGGUGUGUAAUUAGGAUCAGUCGAGAGUCGUCCGUCGUUCGCCAGUGAUUUGUUGAUUGAAAUGAAAUAAGUAAUGUACAUCGUGAGACUAUUGAAUAAAUUAUUAGAAUUUAGAUCACUAGACAUAAUAAAUAAUAUUAACGAUGAAUAUAACGUAAAGUUAGUCGUAAGCGUAUUUGGUGAGUUGUCAUACAUAAACUGUCAGGGUCAUACACCGACGUACCUGGUCAAGCGUUGGACAAUGCAGGUUUGUUAUUUAUUUCGUAAAUAAAAUAUUAAAAUGCAGCUCACUUAGCAUUUAAAUAUUAUAUACCAAUAGUUGUGUACCAAUUGUUAAUAAUAUUAUACCUAUAAAUAUUAUCAAUAUUUUAUAGCGUAAGUUAUAGUUAAUCAUAUUUAUAUCGUUUAUAUAUGAACAUAUCUAAUAUGCAUAGAUAUUAUAUAAUAUAUUGUUAAAUAUUUUUCAUAGUUCGUAUAAAAAAUUCUAUGUACACACCCUAAACAGGUACGUGUUUCGAAGUAUGAAUGCUACGCGUCUUCUAAGCCAAAUGAUUGUAAAUUUAUAUUUUAUCGAAGUACAUCGUGUUAUGUACACCUGUCGAAAUGUGUUACUAUUCGAGAUAAUAAAUAUUAUAAAUAUGUACCUACGUAUAUAAUAAAUGUGCAAAUAUGCGAUGGCAAUUUUUUAAA